CAGCUUGCGCGCGUGACAGUUCGUUAUGGCCGCGAGCAAAAUCGCUGACCAUGGCCAGCUUUGUGGAAGUUUCUCGAUGAGUUUGGUGCUUUUGGAGCUUUCUGCAUGGCAGGGUCAAGUCUUGAAGACGGAGUUCAAAAGCACCAGAAGGUUUACAGCUUUUUAAAGCGAACACUUCCGCAAGAUCGUUACGAAGGAGUUCGACUAAUUGAGCCUUGUGUGAUUGUUACAGAUGGCUUUAACAAAACGUUUCAGUUCGCCGUGCUUGGCGAUGAAAUGCUUUACAUUACAGAAAAUCCACCAAGGUCAUUGAAAGAUAUAAAGAUCAAAUUGGAUCUAGCUUGCGUUACGUCUGUCGAGUUGGUAAGUUGGUCAAGAUCUUUCUUGUUGUUGUUUACGUAGGAAUCUGACUCUAUCAGCAGCGAUUUGUCAACUGUGUUUACAUACUGAUGAGACAUCUCUACAUCGAAGUUUCUGCGAUAUUUUCUAUCCAGAUCGUCUAGUUACUCAGAAUUUGCGCUGUUACGUUCUACGAAAACAAGCAAGCUUGACGUAAAAUUAACAGCGCAAUUUACAUGAAAAUUGGCAACAGGCGUUGGAUCUGACAAUUUUGAAUGGAAGUUUUAACUCAAGUAGCUAUCGAUUAUAAAGAAGUGUAAUCUCACAAAUAACGUUACAUUUCAAGGAUAUUUGUUUUUGACGUAGUUACUAAAACCCGGAACGACCCACAACGACCCACAACGAUCCACAACGACCCACAACGAUCCACAACGACCCACAACGAUCCCACAACGACCCACAACGAUCCACAACGAUCUUCAAACGACCGAGGACGAUCUCAAAACGACCCACAACGAUCCCACAACGAAAGAAACCACCCAAGAAAAAAAUAUCAAAAACUUAACUUUUGAAUUUUUUCCAAAAAUUGAAAAGCAUACUGAAUAGCAAACAUAAUGACUCACAACUACCCAGAAUACCUUUGAUAGUCCGGUAACACAUUCAUAGGGUUGUCAAAAACAGGACAAAAUAAAUGGGCAAAUGCAGCUUUUCACGAGAAAGAAUCUCCAUUCAGAGACACAUUUGUAUGUCCGAUCGAUGUCUCUUCAGCCGACCAUCGAAUAAAGAUAUGCAUAAGACACAUGAAAAGUUUCAUCAGCUUUGUUCUCCGUAAACAUUUCUGCGCUAGCGGUUUAACUGGGAUUGCAGUGUUAUGACAAUGACCAUCAAGACGGCAGAGAUCUCAUGUAUAUAUCUACCACGAGUUCCAUUGUGCGUAAUUGCUUCCCUUUACAGGCAGAGACCUCAUGUAUAUUUGAAUGGUACGUUGACGUUAUUUAAAAUAGUGCUGGGCGAUGGGUCAAAGGAGCAAAACCACGGCAAAGGCUGGAUUUUCAGUAUUUAUUAAAACAACGCGGUAGAACGUAGUAAUGUGGUAAUCUGAAGCUAAAAAUUGCGAAAUGAUACAAAAUUAGAAGGGAAUCCUUAGCUAGCGAAAAGACAGUCAAAUAAACGAAAACAAAUUGCAGAAAACUUACAUUUGUCCAGCCUCGUAAAAACACAGAGUUAAGAAACUCGCCAACUUAAAAACAUCUUCAUAAAAUCCUUGUUGAAAAACCUAGUACAUUCCGUGCCACACUUGAAGGAAAACGUAUUAUAUAACAAAAUCACAUGGGCGUAAAUUGCUCUCAAUCAGUUCCAGUUUAUGUAACGCAACGUUGUGGAUCGUCGUGGGUUGUUGUGGAUCGUUGUGGGAUCGUUGUGGGUCGUUGUGGAUCGUUGUGGGAUCGUUGUGGGUCGUUGUGGAUCGUUGUGGAUCGUUGUGGGUCGUUGUGGGUCGUUCCGGGUUUUAGUAACUACGUUGUUUUUGACCCAUUUCCGUCCGCAAUUUUAAUUUGCUGUUUUUAAUAGGUUUGAAAUCGUUCUCGCAUUAAAAUGAAACCAGCUCCUCUGAGAAUAUUUUAAUAUGUAAUACAAAUACUUUGUGUUUUGUUUUCAUGGUCCCAAGGGAGUGCAUGCUCUUCAAUAUUCGUCCUCUGGUGAAUAAAGUGAUUUUAAAGGGGCUAAUUUGAACAAAUGUUUAACAAUAUUAAUUGCCUUUGAAGUUUGUUAAACCCUGAGUGUCCAGGAAUGUUUUAGACUGCUUGGCACCUAACUUUUCUCACAAAAACUGUUGGUUAUUUUAUUCAAGUAACUCUGUUUUCCAAAUUCACGUUGUUAAAUGAAAAGAGAUUGUGGUUCACCUCCUGAAUGUUUUACUGUGCUAGCAUUUUCAUGUACGUGGUUUGUAUUUUUUAUUAAUUAAUUUAUUUUUUGAAGUCCAUUUUAACUGAAUCACCCAGUUAGUUUCUUGCGAUAUGUGGUGCUUUCAAUAAGACUUUGCAAGGUGCAUGUAUAUCCUUAGCAGGUAUUCGGUUGUGGAUUGCCAGAUUCAAUUCCACCAGACAGGAAAUGUUUUCUGCUUUUAGAUUACUUUUACUUCCUGUUGCACUGCCGAAAACACUUAAAUUCAAACCUAGAACAUCCCUUAAUAUUUCUCUCUAAGAGGAACACUUUUGGGAUGGGCACUAGGUGUCCAUCUGGGAUUAAGAAAUAGUAAAUCAAGGGAAGUAAAGCAAAGGCAGGGACCAACUCUAGGUGUCUGUUUUACCGAGCUGCGUGUCUUUUAGAGAUGUCUGGUAAGAGAGAGUCGCCUGUAGUAAAAAAUAAAUUAUACUUUUUGCGAUUUUGUCUUUCAGAUUCAUGAUGUUGCUGAGUUUCUUGGGGGAGACUUGAAAACAAAGAACCAGCAUAUCUUGGUAGAGUAUAAAAAGAUUUGCAAGCCGUCAUUGUCAUCUCCAUCGUCAAUCCAGUCAGUGAGUGUUCCUUUCAAUGAGAACAGCUUGUCAUCCAGGCUAGCUCUCCAAGCAUCCAUCCUCAGUACUUCUCCAGUUUUAAGAGUUAAAAGCUUUGAACAUAAUAAUGGUAAAUCUUCUGUUUUUCGGGCAAAAGAAUCUAUGGUCAGAGUUGAAAGCCAACCAUGCACAAAGCAUUCACUUACCGUUCAAAGUAGAUUUCACUUGAGUGCCUCAGAUUCGGAUCUGAGAAACAUAGGACUUGCAGGUGAUGUGAAAGGGUAUUCUGGAUCAGUGGGUAACGUGAAGGCAAGCAUUGGGUCACCAAACAGCCGACGCCCUCUUCCUCCUCCACCACCUGGUCAUGAAUCUCAAGUCACUCAGUCCAAUUCAAAUCAUAGAUACAGAGCAGGAAGUGUGGAUCAGGCACAUAGAAAAAGACCUUCAACACCUCGACAGAGGAGAAAGCAAAGUGACAAGGACUUGUACGAUUUAGACUCAAGCUCAAGUAGCACGGAACUUGAAGUUUCAUUUAACAGUUUUCAAAGACAGCACUCUGCAGAUUUCUCUAGUCUCUAUCGACCACCAUCACCGCGAGCACCGUCUCCAUAUGACAGCUCAAGCCGGUUUCGAAGUUAUAGUAAUGAAUCAACAGAAGAGCUAGAAAACUCUGAUGAUGAUAACAAUGCACAUACUACUGAAAAUGUUGAAGUGACAGAACUUCAUUUAUACAUUCUUACGGAAAAUUCACCCAUGUUUAUUCACCUAAGAAGUACAUGGAAUAACUGCAUUUUGGUAAGGUUUUCCAUUUUGUCUGUAAUUCAGGAAGAUACAUUUUAUGGGCACAAAUUGAGUCCAGGGCAUGGCCCCUGAAGGGCCCAUUAGCACUACACAAGAAAGAACAAGGGAGGGAAGGGAGUGAAUUCCAUACAUGUCCCUCUUCCUAGGAAAUCAAUUUUUGGUGCUGUGUCAUGUUUUAUACAGGAAAUCCUCUAUUAAGCCCCCCCCCCCCCCUCUCUCAAAUAAGCUCCCUCCUCUCCCCUGAUUAUUCUUCACUAAUAAAUGAUAGACUGUAUUAAUAAAUCACAACUGUAAAACUUUGUGUGGAAUAAUCCAGGAUGUUUUAUUUACCAAGUGGAAGUUUGGAUUUGAUUCUGAUCCUCAGCUGCAUGAGCUAAAAGUCUUUACUUGAACUUUUCCACUCUGUCUUCUAGUACUUUAUGGAGAACUGAUACUAUUGUCAUCCCUCUCAAAUAAGCCCCCCAUGUCUAUUAAUCCCCCCUCAAAUGGGCUUUAAGUAAAUAAGCCCCUCGUGGGGCUUAAUAGAGGACUUAUGGUAGUGAUUUUAAGACAACAGUCCUUAUUAGCACAUUUCCUUAAGAAAAUAUUCGCAAUGCAAAUUGCAAGGUGGAAAAUAUGUUAAUUAGCCCAUGUAUUCUCUGAGACAGUGAUUAAUUUAACCUGGCAUACUUUAAAAUGUAUUUUAUUUUAGUAUAUUGCACUGAAAUUUUCAGUGUGUACUAUGGUCUUCCAAUAUUUAAAACUAGCAUUUUUGUAACUUGUUUCGAAAAUGAGCAAGUGAGUAGAUAUUUGCCUUGAAUAAGAGCUUCUCAGUUUAAUUUAUUUCUGUUUGUCAAGCAAUUUAUAAAUUUCCCAUUUUUUUUUGUACAUCACAUUUCUUGAGUACCACAUAAAAAAUUAAGCAAUUCUCUUUUCUCUACAGAAAUCUACACUGUAUUUUGACCGCCAAAGGUCAUCACCAGCUACCUCACCCACAGUGCCUUCUAACAAAGUGGACAAGUAGGUCUCAGACUGAUUUACGUCAAUAUAAUAAUAACCAUUAUAGUGUUUUGUGGCUCACAGUAACGAUAACCUUAAUAUAUAGCAAUGACUUACAGAAGUGGAUCCAUGAAAUUUUGAUUGGGGGGUGGGGAGGGAGGGUCCAAGCUUUGGUUCAGAAAGGACUGUUAAACUUUUUUGUGGCAAAUUACUACUCACAGAGACAACCACAUGUUUCUCAAUCUGUGAACACCGGUCGCCAUUGGCGUGGGAAAUACUGCUUUGCAAGCAGAGGCGAAUAGAUCAUAGGAUGGUACCACAAAACAAUUACAUUUUCUAAUAACCCUGGAAUUUAGUUUAGUGGCAAACUGCAAAACAUGUUUCAAUAAAAAAAAAAUCAGCCAGUUAAAAGGUGAUAUACAGCUGUACAACCCUGCAGUCUCAAACAAGCGUCAAUUCUGAUGGGGGGGUGGGGUCUGUAACCCGGGACCCUCCCCUUGGAUCAGCUACCAACCUACAAUUUCAGGGGAGCGCAUUCUUUCUAAUGGGUUCCAAAAGUUCUUUUCUGUCAGCAAGUCAUCUGUAGAAUGUGUUCUACCUCCAAGGAAACAGGUACAAAAUGGGAAGGGUACAGAAUGCAUUCCGUCUCCAAACAAGUGGGUACAGAAUGGGUAGGGGUGGGUAUGGGAUUUGGGUAUGGUACAGAUACAGAACAGGGCUGAGUUGCUCAAAGCAUGGUUAGCUUUAACCAUUGGUUAAGCAGUAUCAAAACCAAUACGUUGUCAAGGUAUUAAAUGCUGGUUAACACUAACGAUGCUUCGAGCAACUGGGCCCAGAUGAGGGAAUGGAAACUGAACAGGUCUGAAACGUUUUAUUUGCUUCCAGAGCCAACAGUUAAUUUUAGAAAUAACCACAGCCUACAGAUUAGUUAAUAGUUAUUUCUUAGUAGAUAAGAGACUCAUAUGUAGAGCAAUGUCAAACUGUGUUUCAUGUGACAGCGUGUUUGUUAAGAUUUUCUUUAAAAUAAUGUUUAAUAAAACAAUAUUAUUAGAUUUGGUUUAAGGAUUAGUAGAUUCUGUUUAAGUGUCAUUAAAUUCAGCCACACUAAUAACACUUACCUCACCCUUGAUUUUUCCUCACAAAAACCUCACUCAACAACUGUUGUUUGUUAUUAUUCUAAUUGACAGACUAUUUUUCCAAUCUGCUGUUUCUUUUUUUUUCUUGUAGUUCACAGUUGCUUCUCCUGUUCAAUCAACUGAAAACUGAAAUUCUACACUCUCACAUCAUGGAAAAGACAUUUGUACUCAUCCAGGAGCUACAGACAGCUGCAGAAAAGAGCUUUAACCUUAAAAAAUAUUUCUGGAAGGUAUGUUGUCCCUCAAUAGUCUACAAACAGUCUACGAACCACAUCUGGACAAUUUCGGUAGUAGCACAUCAUGCAUCCAAUUGAAUGACUCACAUUUUUGUAUUUUACAAUAACUGAGCGAAUCCUCUCACACUGAUGGUUGAGAGCUAUGGUCUGUGAGGGUAUAGUCCAUGGAAAUGACAUAACAUGUCAUACGUAAUUUUCCAAGAAACUUCUAAUCGACCACAAUUUUCCAUGGUCUACACUCUUACAAACCAUAGAAAUGACGUCAUAUAAUAUUCAAAACUUUGCAGUGAAACCACUCGCCGCUCUCGACUUUUAAACAUUUUAUGACAUCAUUUCUAUGGUCUAUAAGACUGUAGACCAUGGAAAAUUGUGGUCAAUUUGUAAAUUGUCUCACCUAAAAUGGUUACUUGGUGGGACAUACAUGUACGGUAAUUAUGCUAUUCAAGGAAGAAAGCUUAGGUGCUGUCUUGGUGUGAAUUCAAAGUUAAUUGUUUUUCUUGUCUUUUUCUGAAAUCUUUUAAGGUUAAUUUGCAAUUGUUUAAGUUGCAAUUACCACUGGAUGAUCAUAUCUUUUCAUUUAAAUUUGUAUUUCUGCAGUUCACAUCAUCUCCAUUCCAAGUGCCAUUUUUAAUCAUGAUUGUAGUAAACACACUAUUUUUUUUUCAUUUUCAGUCUUCAGAUCUCUUUCUGUUCAUGGUCGGCCAACUUCAGAAAUAUAUGCCCCAUUCUCCGAGGCGUUCCUCAUCUCGAAGAAAAGGAAGCAACAGAGAAGAUGAACUUGAGUAAGCGUUUAUGUAGUGGAACUCAACAUGUACAAGAGAGAAUAGCUCUUAUGCGUGUUUACGUCAAAUGAGCAAAUCUCACCACCAAGCCGCGUAUUGAAAUUGCGAGUUGCGAAGUUUGCGUAAAAGAAUUCCCGAGGCAGUAAUUUUGAAAAGAACGUCCAUGCACAAAGAGUGCAACUGCGUAGUAUUUUCCUUGCAAAUGAGGAAUGAUGGUGAAAUUUGCUCGCCUGAUGUAACCAUGCGUAAGAGCCAUUUGAUGCAAUAUACGGGUACUAAUUGCCGGUUUUUCAUCAGUUUUAAGUUAAAAUUUACCCUUUGAACAUCAACUUCCCUGUUAGCAGAGGUUUCUCAUGGUGAGAGAAAAAUGGAAGGAAUUAAGGAGAGAUUCUCUUUUCUUCCUCUCAUUUUUUUCUCGCCGAGAGAAACCUCUGCUGCCACAGAAGACCUCAACCAACCGUAACAUACAACUGUAACGUGUGGAGCCACACCCCUUUGUACCACUUGUGACGUCAUCAGUUUAGACCGGUAUCUUCGAUGCCUAAAGGUGAUGUUACACGGAACGAUUCGAAACGACGAUUUUUAGUGCAACACUGCGUUGCAAUGUUGGUAGGAACCAUGUUGUAACCAUUCAAAACAAUGACGCAACAAUGUUGCUUCGCUGUGUUGCGCUAAAAAUCGUCUCGUGGAACAUCACCUUAACAUCCAUAUCUGAAUGGAUGUGUGCGAUUCUGUCAAAUAGGUUAGAGAUAUUUGCAGAAAAAUAUGCCGUUGCUUUGAAUGGAAUCAUCUUGCCCUACUAACUUUUCUGAAAAUAUUUUGGGGAUCCGUAACGUUUUCGUUAAAAAAUCUUGCCACAGUCAAAAAGGACGAAAAAAUCAUCUAACAAGAUAGUUAAAAAAGACGAAGAAGAAGAAUAUAGGCGAAGAAGCCCGCGGCCAAAACGAAAGAUAAAAGUCAAGGUUGCAGUGUAACUUUCUUACCCACAAACGUUUCUCUGCAUGCCCCAGUUUAGAAAGCAAAUGCAUUUGCUGCACUUAUAAACAACAUUUUUGAUAAUUUGGGCUCUUGUUGACCGGAAAAGUGACCAGAACUCAAACGGCUUGGCCCGCUUCACACGGCAUUGUUUAGCAAAAUUUUCUAGGGGCAAGCGGGUUAAUUUUUUUUUGUUCAAAUCCAUCAUUUUAUUUUUAUCAUCGUUAUUGUAGUUUUACUGACAUGACAUGCUGUUUUGUUUAUUCUCAGCUUUGUUGUAGUGCUGUUACAGACGUUUGUUUGUUUGUUUCGAGAAACAGAUGUCCUAUCCACAAGACUGAUGGUCAUCAAAGAUAACAAGUAAGUUGUUUACCCGACAUUUUUCAUUUGAAACAUCAGGGCCAUUUAUACAGGGGGGGAAGUAAGACGCGUCUAAUAUAAGGCGCGUCUCAAUGACAACAUUUAUAGACGCGUUAAAAGGCGUCCUCGCCAAGUCGCGUUUUUGUAGGACAUAAAGACAUUUUUUGUGCUAUUUAAACGAGACGUCCGCGCCCUACUUAUUUCCUAGUAUAAUUGGCCCUACUUUUUCUCCUUACUAGAAAGCUAAAAUGUGGAAAUUUUUGAAAUUUAAAAGGUGAAAUAAUAUACUUAACAAUUAUUCUUUGAAAUUGAGGUGAAUAAUGGCUAUAUAUUCACCGAGCCGCGAAAGCGGCGAGGUAAAUAUUCCUAAAGCCACUAUGCACCGAGAUUGAAAAGAAUAGUUGUUUUAGUGUAUACACACGAAGUGAUCUCAACAAAAUCAGAGAGGAAACCAUUAAAAAGUACGAUUUGAUUGACGGAUCAAAUUACGCGAAAGUUUAAAAAUAGAUCUUUGCAGAAUUUUCAAACAUGGUAAUUCACAAGUUUAUCACUCGGCAAACAACAGCGUAAUAGCUUAAGAUGGAACCGUUAAAAGUUUGAAUUGUUUCCUUACCUGAGAAGAAAAGUAGAGUUCACGAAAUGGCCUCUUCUACGCGAAUAAACGGAAGUUGUUAACAAUCCGUCGAGCACAAAACUCACCUUCAUUUAAUGGAAAAACGCCGUUUUGUAUUUUUCGAAGUCUUUUCUUGCCUUAAAAAAAGUCAACCCUAGGAUUUUGUCGACUUUUAAAAGAUCGUUCUCUUAAAAAAAUGGGAAACGGAAACCGAGCUCACACAUUAUACACUCGCUAGGAGGUGAAUAUUGUUGAUUAGUAUUAUUAUACACACUAAGUGAUAUUGUUUUAUCAUUCGAUCAGCGAGUUUGUUUUUUAAUGAAUAUCUUCGGGAAACGAAGCGUUCUGCCAAGAGCGAUUCCAAGAAGGAGAAAAGCGUGGUUUCAUUUACGCAUGAGCAGAAUAUUAUUUGCAGCCAAACACGUAAGCCAAACACAGUAGGACGACAUUUUGCAUGAGCAGACCAUUAUUUGUUGGCAGUUAUUUGCAGGUCACGUGGUGGGCUCUCGGCAGGAAAAGGAACAACAAUUUUCAUCAAAUGAUAACGUAAUUUUUUUUUCUUUUCAGGGGUCGUGCAAUUAAAGACCUUUUAAAGACCCUCAUCAUUCAUCCAUUGACCACAGUCACCCCAACAGGAAUGCCUAGCAUCUCACCCGCGGCACAGCUGCUGCUUUCAGGAGCUGACAGAAACAUGUUCACAGUCGGUGAAGGAGAUGACGAGGUUUUAAGAACUUGUUCAUUUUGAUAAAGCUUAAUAUACAUAUACGAAAACUUGAUUUUUCUUUGACGUGAAACAGUGGAUAAUAGAAAGACUGGUAAAUAUCGAGGGUGAAACCACAGACAGGAAGCCUUGAAAGCGAACUUGUUUCUUUAAAACAUAAACUUGAUUCUUUGAAACGCAAACUUGAUUCGUUUUUUCCGAUAACAGUGAGAACGAAACGAAAAAAAAGAAAGCAGUAAAAAGUAUCCGCCAAACUGGUUAAGGCAAAUGGUUGGCUUAAAUAAGAACGUUUUCCUUUUUCGUUUUUGUUUAGCUUAAAAUUACAAAGAGAGUAAUUUAGUUUUCGAAUUCCCUAAUACAAAGGUUUGCUAUGAAAAAACUAACUUCAUAUUACACUGGAAACGUCCGGUUAGAUGAAGGCUCAUAGAUUUACUUCAAGGACGAUCAGGUUUUGUACUGGGACUCGUUGUCAGUUCCCAACUGAGACUCACUAUUGCAAUUUCAAAUAACUUCACUGCAGAAAUUUAAACGUUUGGAGAUUAAUGAGACCUGCGCAAAGACACACGUAAUAACAAGUACGUAAAAAUAAAAAAUACUGAAAAAAUCAUGACAUAUUGAUUUCUGUUUUUGUGUUUUUUUCUCAUUUUCCUCUGACUGGUUUCAGACGAACAAGCUGUUGACAGAAAUUUUGGACAGUGCUACCUCGCUUCUUUUUGAGCUGACUUGUGUCGUCCAUCAGGUAAAUAAAAGAGUUUCUAUCGUCAAACUGGCAUUAGAUGGAUAACUUAGUUAGUCAGGAUACUUAGUUAUGCGGACUGGGACAUGUGGUGCUGUUUGAAAUAAGCCAUUCUCUUGGAAAGCGCGGGCGCAAAUCCGCGCGGGAACGAGCGACGAAGAAUGGGGGAAAAUUUCCUUCGGCUUCGCCGCUCAUUCUGGCGUUCUCUCCCCAACAAAAUCACCAGCUACGCUCCAGUUUUUUAUCUUCCCGAAAUUAUUCUGAUAUAAGUAAUUGAGAUGCACCUAAUUCAUGGUAAUUUUUCCUUUCAGGCCAACUGCUUUUCAGUUGAAGACAAUGUUCUAAAUAUCUUCUGGCUUAUGAAGAUUCUCGAAGUUCAAGACCAAACCGUAAGUGUCAGUUAUCAAGUGUUUAGAGUUGAUAAUCACUUCUUUAGUGGCUAAAAUGAAAAUGUGGGGAAAAUCACAAAUUUCACUUUGAACAAUGUUAAAGAAAUGUGAAAGCAUCAUAUGUAAGUACUGCUGAAAAGGGUUCAUCUCGAUAGCCACACUACUCUAGCCUGGGCGCAAGGUCUCUAUCAACUUGGGGGUACUGAAUUCAGGCGCGAGCGGUACGCGAAAGGAGAGGUAGAAGAGUGAGGGGCGGGGAAAGAACCUUUUGUCCGCACGCGUUAUCUCGCGGAUGGCUUCGCUUACCUUUCAAAAUGGAGAGCUUGCUCGCUGGCUUUAGUCACACCAUAGUAUGUCAUGUAGUCAGAACCUCUGUUUUUGUCUCCAAAAUGACGUUUACAGUCGGAAAGAGUUCAAAAGCUGAAGAUGGAUUGGCCAUACCUCUAGUCGCGCAAAUAAAGUCAUCGUCGUUUGUCUCUCGAUAUUGUAAGCCGUUGUAUUGAAUUGGAACAACUUUCAGUGUAAGCAAUGAUGAUGAAAGUACACGGCAAAUACAAAAUAAGAUCGACCUAAGGGAGGUUUUGUGAGCCCGCGAGACUGAGCAUCCCCCACAAAACCUUAUUUUCACUAAAACCGCUGGACACAAAACCCCCACCGCAACCGCAGUACUCAAGUCGUAAACAACUAAAGUGAGAGAAAAAUUUGUCGGGAACCCACUUGAAACUCGGUGUGCGGCACCCAAAUUAAUUUACAGUAGUGGUUGCGGUCGCCGACGAGAUCCUUUCAUUACAGUUUAAGCAGGGUUUUACAAUGCUGGACGUAACUUGAAAUAAUUGUGUGGUCGUUAGUUCGCUCGAUUGAUGACAUUACUCAGGUUUCAGUACUGUACAACUUUAUUCUGAAAUUCACGCGUCGAUAUCGCACCCUAUUCUUCACUUCUACAUGGGUUUAAAAGGAGAUUCGCUGCAAAAGAAAACCAAGUUUCGACAUGAAAAAUCGAAAUACAUGUACUUACACUAGCGUGAAAAAUUUUGUCGAGUUCAGUUCAAUUCACGAAUCUUUUCAAUUUUCUUCUACAUCGCAAGUGCCAGAAAAACAAUUUCUAAAUCUCGCGUUUCAGCUUAAACUUAGUCCUAUGGGAAUAAAAAAAGGGCGCUUGCAAAAGGAAACCGAUUUGAUCUUUAACAAGUUGUGUAUAACAACGCAAAUGAAAGCACCCGGUAGUAUGGCGACAAGAAGAAAAAAAGGUUUAGGUUUCUGAUAGGAGACUCGGAAUUCUUCUGAUGUUUUUUUUUAUUAUUCAUUUUUCAGAAGCCCUUUGUUGAGCGAGUAAUGGACAGAGUCACUUUACUAGUUUCAUCGACAGAGAGAUCUUUAUCUCCUUCAAAAGCUGUUCUCCUUUAUAAACAACUGUACGUGUUAAAGAACUUUCUGGAGUACAGUACAGUAGUAGCAAAUCACAUACGAGUUGGAUAUGCUGAAGAGUUUAGGUGAGUAAAAACUGUCUUGAAAGAAGUGUUGGUGGUUUUUAGACGCAUUUGAUUAAAAACAGGUUUGCCUACAUUAAGAACUCAAAGUAAAUGAUAUCCAACGGCAUUUCUGGUUAAAUAUGCCGUUAGAGGUCGCUACGCCUCGUUUAAAAUUAAUCUUUUUCCGCGUCUUACAGCCUAGUAAAAAAAAGGCUCGAGGCGGGUGUGGUGCGCGAGACAUGCGCGAAGGGAGAGGCGCCUUGCCUCGUAGCGCGUGUCCAACGCUCCACACCCGCUUACGCUUUAUUAGGAGCCCGGACUGAGCAUGAAAUAAGAUUUAACAAUACAUCGAGAGGAAGUUAAGGGAGUUUUGGAUAUGCCUCUAAAAGACACUCGGAGACCAUGGAGGUAAAAACCCCUAAGGAAUACCCGAAAAAUGGGCGGGGAAAAUAUUGGAAACUUCGGUAGGAACCAGAACCAAAACUCCACGAACAAAAAUAAAAAUUACAAGCUAAAAUGAACUUUUACACAGAGAAUCAAGCGUAACGAUUGACAAUGACUCGCAUACCAAGUAUCCUCUAUUUAUAGAAAAUACUCAUUCCUCCCUGUACACCCUACACGUACAAGCGCUUAUAAAAAUACCUCAAUACAUGAUCAUUCAAAGCAUAACCUAAUUAUCAACAAGCCAUUACUUUAGCGAACAGAAAUCAAUUCUUUUUUAAUGCUACGCAACUGACGAGAAUUUUCAAUUCUUUCGAGACCUAUAGCCUGGCCUUAAAGCUUGCCCUAGAAGAUUUAGUGCUAAUCAGAAGCUCUGUUGUUGGACAUAAGGAGGUUUCCGCUUUCGAAGGGUUCCCACUCUCUCCUCCCUUGUUUCUCUUUUUAGGUUUUGCUGCGAGUAAAGCGUCCCUUUUUUUCAUCCUCCCCAAAGAGAUGCUUUCAAAGCAGGAUAUAAUAUAUACUGUUGUUCUUGAUGGUUCUACCUUCACAAUCGACAGCGUUGUUACUUGACAGCUGGAUGUGACGAACCUCUAUAUAACGAACAUUCCAAUAUUCCCGAGGAAUUCUUUUGAAACAGAUAGACCCAAAUCGUUGUUAUUAAUCUAUACAUCGGCAAGAGCUCACUAACUAUAGUAAUCGGCUCCUGACAUCGGAAAAUUCCAGUUGCGCGUCUCAGUUGCGCCCAUCCUCUCCCCCGGGCUAACCCCUGACAUUGGCAUUUCUUCUUUAUGUGGGAAAUUCCCUGAUAAUGGGACACUUCAGCUGCCAAAUGCCCCGCGGUGGAGACGAAGGAGGAGGACAAGUGCCCUGCCUCUCGGAUCGUCCGCACUCAACACUGUAUCAGUUUUCGCUAUACAUUGGUUGUGCCUUUAUAAGCAAUUAAGGCAAGCUUUAAAUCUAAAGAAUUCACAAAGAUUGUUCAAUUCGACUUACAAGCCAAUCUGCGACGAAAUGCUGAUCCUUCCGAUAAGGUCGUCCAUGUUUGGAUUUCAAAUCGGAAACCAGUUGUGUGCCAAAACGCCUGCCGGGGAUAGCCCCGGUUAAGCAAAUGCCUGUCCCGUGGGGCACACUAAUCUCCAGGGACUGACGAGGCACGCGAAUGCCCUGCAGUUGCCGGGAGUAAAGGGCGCAGCUGAAAUUGACUGAAGCGCUACCACGCUUACUUAUCUGUUGUCAUCGUUUUUUCAGGUAUUACAUCAGAGAGCCAGUUGUAAAAAAGAAACUCCCUUGCAAAUUUCCUCUCACGAAGCCAACAUUAGAACUGCUGGAAAAAGUUACAAAUUACGUUUUAAACAAGUCAAUGAUCAAGCAAACGUCAUUUAGAUAGUACAAAAGUAAUUCUUAGAAUAUUUCAAAGUAUUUACUACAAG